AUGCCCCUGGGCUCUGCAUCUGGGGGAGGAGGGCGACUGAGCCGGAAGCUGCUGGUGGUCACUGACAGUUUCUGUCCUGAGUGGCAUGUGGGUGAUGUCAGUGAGCUGAAGGAGAAGGGCAAUAAGGCCCUGAGCGCCGGGAACAUAGAUGACGCGCUGCAGUGCUACUCAGAGGCCAUCAAGUUAGAUCCCAAGAACCAUGUGCUCUACAGCAAUCGCUCCGCCGCCUAUGCCAAGAAAGGAGACUACCAGAAGGCCUACGAGGACGGCUGCAAAACCGUGGACUUGAAGCCUGACUGGGGCAAGGGCUAUUCGAGAAAAGCAGCUGCUCUCGAAUUUUUAAACCGGUUUGAGGAGGCCAAACGAACCUAUGAGGAGGGUUUAAAACAUGAAAACAUUCCUUACGAUCCACACUUCCCUGCUGUCCUGAAACUGCAAGAUCCACGCAUCAUGACCACGCUUAGUGUCCUCCUGGGAGUUGACCUUGGCACCAUGGAUGAAGAGGAAGAGGUUGCAACGCCUCCGCCACCACCUCCUCCCAAGAAGGAGACCAAACCGGAGCCAAUGGAAGAAGAUCUUCCCGAGAACAAGAAGCAGGCCUUGAAAGAAAAAGAGUUGGGGAAUGAUGCCUAUAAGAAGAAGGAUUUUGACACGGCCUUGAAGCACUAUGACAAAGCCAAGGAUCUGGACCCCACCAACAUGACGUACAUCACCAACCAAGCAGCCGUGUACUUCGAGAAGGGAGACUACAAUAAGUGCCGGGAGCUUUGUGAGAAAGCCAUCGAGGUGGGGAGAGAGAACCGAGAAGACUAUCGACAGAUUGCCAAAGCUUAUGCUCGGAUUGGCAACUCCUACUUCAAGGAGGAGAAGUACAAAGAUGCCAUCCAUUUCUACAACAAGUCUCUAGCAGAGCACCGAACCCCGGAUGUGCUCAAGAAAUGCCAGCAGGCGGAAAAAAUCCUGAAGGAACAAGAGCGGCUGGCCUACAUCAAUCCCGACCUGGCUCUGGAGGAGAAGAACAGAGGCAAUGAGUGUUUCCAGAAAGGGGACUACCCCCAGGCCAUGAAGCAUUACACAGAAGCCAUCAAGCGGAACCCACGAGAUGCCAAACUGUACAGCAAUCGGGCUGCUUGCUACACCAAACUCCUCGAGUUUCAGCUGGCACUCAAGGACUGUGAGGAGUGCAUCCAGCUCGAGCCCACGUUCAUCAAGGGCUACACACGGAAGGCGGCAGCCCUCGAGGCCAUGAAGGACUACACGAAAGCCAUGGAUGUCUAUCAGAAGGCGCUGGACCUGGACUCCAACUGUAAGGAGGCAGCAGAUGGCUACCAACGCUGCAUGAUGGCCCAGUACAAUCGGCAUGACAGCCCUGAGGACGUUAAGCGACGGGCCAUGGCCGACCCCGAGGUGCAGCAGAUCAUGAGUGACCCAGCCAUGCGGCUCAUCCUGGAGCAGAUGCAGAAGGACCCCCAGGCGCUCAGCGAACACUUGAAGAACCCUGUCAUAGCACAGAAGAUCCAGAAGCUGAUGGACGUGGGUCUGAUUGCGAUUCGGUGA